AUGCUGCAAUUGCUUGCGAUUUGCCUCGCAUUCCUCUCGGCAUUCGCCUUGUAUGAUGAUAAUUUGGCCCGGGACAAGUUCAUUGGGCUCGCGUUGGGCGCUCAUGUUGUGAAUGGCACUGUGCAGAGCUGUUUGGACAAGGUUUUUGAUGGUGAUGUGCAGGUGAGAAGAAUGGCCCCUUAGGGUGAAUUUUUCAAUUUUGAAUUUGAAAUUUUCUUUUGGCGACAUUUUAUACGAAAAAUUUCAAAAUUUAAAAAAAAUAUGCAAAUUUUAGAAUUUUUGGAAAGAUUCAAAUUUGGAAACGCGGAUGUCGUUAGAAAUUAGGAUUAAAAUUGUCUGUCGGGAAAAUAAUGUGGGUUCAUCGCAGAAAAAUUUCACACAGUCGCGCAUCAAAUUUCCAGCGAGCGUGGUAAGGCGAUGAUGGGUGAUUAUGUACAAGGUGCGACGAAUCCACAUUAUUUUCCCGACAGACUGAUAGGUCAAAAAGACAAAAAAUAGCCCAUCGUUGAUCUGGAAAUAAAAAUUUGAAGUCUUAUUUUCGAGCAAGCGAUUUUUUUAUUUUUUUUUAUAAACCUAAAGUGCUGAUUACAUAAUAAAAAAAAAAUGGAAAAAAAUCCAUCUAAAAUAGUAAUUGUAAUACUCAAACUUUGCCCCCCUUAUCGGGGAUGGCCCGAUUCCUAUGGCUUUUUCUGUGUUUUGCACUGUGCAAAAAGUGCAAAAAAAAUGCACUGUGGGUUGGCGACAAGCGUGGGAAAAAGUUCAAAAUGCACUGUGCGAAAGUGAAAAAAUGUCCAUGCACUUUAUGAAAAUGUUAAAAAAAUUUUUUUGAUACCCUGAAAUAACAUCUUGGAAAAAAAUUUUAGGUCCACAAGACCUAUUCAGUUCCGUGCAACAACUUGUACUCAAAUGAGACCUGUCUCGCCUACAUUGCGAUCUACAAGAAGAGCCAAGCAAUUGUCAUCGGGUUUCGGUGAGUUCUUCGAAAGAUUUUUGGCGCGUUAAAAAUUGGAACACCCAUUUCCCUGGGGGACAAUUUACUGCAGCAAUGGAGGGGAGGCGAAUAAAACAUCAUUAUAAUUUUCAACUACUAGUACUUUGGAGUUUGUCAAUUUACCAGAGAUUAUUAUAAGUAAUUUUCCGGAAAAGACUUGGUCUUUCAUACAGAGGAGCUACGAUUUUUAUAGUACACAACAUGUUUAAAAAUUCAUGAAAAUAAAAAAAAGUUUUUUGCAUAGCCCUCUUAUUAUCUGAUGGGUUUUCAAAUCGUAAGCUCAAAUUUUCAAUUGUUGAGCUAUGUAUACGUCUGUCGGGAAAAUAAUGAGCACUAUGUCGCAGCGAAAAUCGCAUCGCCGACGAGAAAAUGAGUUGUCUCGUGGGGAAAUAAAAUUGCUUUUCAUUUCAGCGACACGAUCAACGAAACUGAGCUCAUUAUUUUCCCGGCAGACUGAUAAGUUUAUGUUUAAUAUAGGAUGUCUCAUCUGGUGGGCAGAGCCCUGUACAGUGGCGGACCUGAUCCAGUGGCAAAAAACGUACCAUUUUGCAUCCGGGAAGUAUCAGAAACGUAGCAAAAUACCUUCCUCUCCAAACGAAAAGACUCCGAUUUCAAUGGAUUUUCUUUUUACUUUGGAGAGGGAGGCAUUUUGCUACAUUUUUGAUACUUCUUGGGUGCAAAAUGGUACAUUUUUUGUCACUGGAUCAGGUCCGCCCUUGCGGUCAUUUUGAGCAAAAAUUGGGGCCAAUCCGUGACGGCAAAGAAGCCCGAAACAUCAUGGUCCAAAGUGGUCUAAAUCCAGCAAUUUUUAGAGGCACAGUAUCCGGCGAUCAGUUCAAGGAAGAGGUCGUAAAAACACUGUUCCGCCCGCAAGUCCGUCUCUUCCACGACAAAGUUCUGGUAGCGCAGUAUUUCGCGGAGACAUUCAACUUGUUCUGGUCGAAGACGGCGCUCAAAAACGACCUGCUGAAACUGGAGUUGCUGCGGCUGAAUUCCUACCGUAUUUGGAUCACCGGCCACUCGUUGGGCGGCGCGAUAGCUGCGCUGACCGCCACGCAGCUGGCCUUGUCCUAUCCGCUGCUGAAGCCGAGAAUUAGCUUGUAUACUUUUGGGCAGCCGCGCGUCGGGAACCGCGAGUACGCGGCGCUACACAACUUGGAGGUGGAGGAGUCCUACAGAGUUGUUCAUAAUCAAGACUUGGUGCCGAAUAUCCCCUUCCCACUGAUGAAUUAUUAUCAUCAUGACAAUGAGGUGGGUUUGUAGAGAUAUGAUCGAAUUUCCAUACGAUUGUAUAUACUGCUGUUUUCAUAGCAGUCGCUCAAGUGAAAAGCAAUUUGAUUUUGCCGACACAAUUCAUUUUCUCGGCGGCGAUUUUCGCUGCGGCAGAGUGCUCAUUAUUUUCCCGACAGACUGAUAAUAAUAACAUAGGUCCAAGUGCCGCACUUGGAGCACUUGCUCUGUGGAAAACUUAAAAGUCCUAUUUUCAGAUCUACUACAAGAACGACAUGUCCGUGAAGAAAGCGUACGCGGUCUGCAGUGCCGAAGACCAAUCCAAGCUCUGCCAAGGUGGAAAUCAACCGUCCAUGGAGAUCAAAGACCACUUGAACUACUUCGGAAUUGACGUUGAGAAACAUUGCGAUGAAAAUUGA